GCCCCGUUCGACGCCGCCGCCUGGAAGGACUGCGUCAAGUUCAAGACGGACUACAAGUGCGCCAUCAACUUCGCCUGGCAGGACAUGCAGAACCACGUGCUCGUGAAUGUGCCGAUCAACGUUCGCAAGAUCAACAAUCUGGUCGACUUCUACUUCCAGACCCCCGCCCAGAUCCCAAUCGAGAUCACCCUUGCGGUCGACAAGGACGAGGAGGACCCGCUGCAGCGCAAAGGCAAGCUGGUGCGGCUUUCACCCGCCGAGAUGAAGGAUGCCGCGAUCAUCGCGGUCGAGCGCGACGUCUCCAACGGGGCCGACGAUGAGGUGAUCAAGCAGUGGAAGCGGGUCUUGCUCUCUGCGACUGGGGUCUUCUUCGCAGCCGAACAUGAUGACGAUCGCCACUUCAAGGCGAAUCAGAUCAGGGAGAACUUCGGCGAGAACUUUGCUACCAUGAGGCUCUCGGCCCUCCAGCGCGUAUGCGACGUCGCGGAGUUCCAGGCGCGCAAGGAGAAGACCACAGGCCCGAUCGGGGCCAAGGGCAUCGCCGAACUCUACAGGUCGAAGCUGAAUAUGGCCCAGACUUCGGAUAAGAUCACAGACGGCUUCGUCGACAAGGCCCUGACGAUAUCGAGUCGAGUGCUGAACAUUCCAAAGGUCAGGAAGCUCUUGCAGGAGGCCGACGGGUGGGCUCAUGGAAACAACCCGUUGGACUCCGUCACGAAACUGCAGCUCGUCGUGGACAAAGCGAAGACGGCACCGAUGAUCGAGUGGUCAGUUGAGCUGAUUCUGGACUUGGCUAAGAGCGGAGCGCUAUCCGCAGAGCAAUGCGGCACUCGCGCGAUUGAGGGUAAGCUUCCCGGCCAGGGAGGGAAGGGGCUUGUUGAUUUGAUGAUGUUCAAGCUCGACCUCAAAAACUACCUGCUCUCGACGGUCCUUGACUCCAAACAUUGGGAUUCAUCGCACAAGGAGGUGAUCCGCAUCGCGUUCGACAGCCUCGAGUCGACUCGGGAGAAAACUGGGUACGCUUUCAAUCCGACCUUCAAGCCGGUGAAGCAGGGAUGGAAGGCUGGCAUCCCCAAGAGCGCAGACGUCUUCAUCAACCUGAUCGAG